UCCCCAGGAGGUGGGAAUGUCAUUGUACUAUCCACCACAUGGAGAUUUUUCAUGCAGCAGCAUCUCCUUGGUGGAUAGUGUCCACAUUGCCACACUGGAAUUAUUACCUAAACAACUGUCCUUUUAAUUGGACAAUAUAUGACAGGAAUAAUAAUCUACUGAGCUUUUAAAAAUUAAAGAAUUACUGUACUACAUCUGGUUUUUGUCAUAUUGUGUACCUGAAAGCUUUCAGGUAAAGAUUUGUUUUUAUAUUCACUCUAACUUUUUUGGGGGGAGAUCGCUUCUAUUUCCAAGGCAACACUUUCCUCAUGGGAAAUGAAGGCAAAUAAGCUAGCAGAUGCUUUUGGAAAAAAGCCUUAUACAGAGAGACCCACCCAGCUUUGACUGUAAACUCACCAGAGAGUGUAAAAAGCACCUUCUCUUUUUGCUGCCAGCAAUUUCUGAGGUCACAGUGGAAUUCCAUUCCCUCCUGCCUGCUGAGGGUCUCCUCACUGCAAUGUGCUCAGCAACAGGAAAGCCAGCCCCCAACAUCACAUGGCUGGAUGACAGAGGCCUGGAGGAGACACCUCAAAUACGCCACAUCCAAAACACCAACAGAACAGUAACAGUGACAAGCAAACUAAACUUCUCUGCCAGCCACCUCCAGGCCUUGUUCUGCCUCCUCGACCACCCACAAGGAAGUAAAAAGAAGGCUCUUCACCUCGAAAAAGGAUUGGAAGAUAUUCAGAAGAACACAGUCAUCAUCACAUUGAUAUUAGCAGCUGUGUUGCUCUUACUGGUCUUGAUAUAUUGUGUCAUGAGACUAAAUAACAGCGGAAGGAGCAAGCAGAAGGUACACACAGGUGCACCCAGAACUCCUGCAAAGGAAACAGGCUUACAGCAAGACCUAGGUGAGAGAUCCUCUCUGAGCCUGCACACACCGAAAGACCAGCACAUCACUUACCAAAACGAGGUAACACAAACACCCAGGGCUUCUAGUGAUUAUUCACAUCCUCCAUUAGGGGUCUCUGUUUGCCGUGUUCUUUGCUGCGUGGGACAGACACACUGGGCAGAUGACACAACGUGUGCCCCGUGUGCCCUCUAGCAAAGGUCAGGAAAAACUGCUUAAAAGUUCUGCACCGCUGCCCUGGAGGGUACAGCAGAAAAUUUAUUUACGUGCAAAAGCAUGAAAGAGGCACUGGUUGUGUCCCUUCUGGACAAGGCCAGGGAGCCCUGCAGAGCUUGGGUGCUGUUCAGAGCAGUCUCACACAGAAGUUUCCCCACAAGGGUCUUCCCUGCCCUCCUCCUGGUGCAGAUUCAAAGGUGCUUUGGAGGGCUGCUGGCAUCCACAGACAAAACAAGUCAUUGCUCACAGCUGGGAAUCCCUCCCACUAGACACUUUGCUCUGACCUCCCACGUGUUCCCUGUUUUCCCUGCAAGCUUCUCGUACUCCUGUGCUGUACCUGCUGUGCCUGUAACAAACCUGUUGUGGUUUGACACUGUCCAAACCAUAAACCAGGUGCCCGUGAAAGUCGUUGGCUUACCUUCUCCUGCUACAUUUGGGCACAGGUGAGGGGAAAAAAUUAACAAAGGUCUCAUGAGUUAACGACUGGUAGAAAACUGGGCAAGACAGGUUCAAGUUAAUAGGUAUAAGGUAAAUUUAUUAUUAACAGAGUCAGAGGAGAAUAACGUAGAA